AUGGCCGAUAAGUCAAAAUUUAUUGACUACAUUGAUGAAGCUUUGGAAAAAUCUAAAGAAACUGCACUUUCUCGCUUGUUUUUCACCCAUCAGGGGAUUCCUUACCCUGUCACCAUGUGCACCUCAGAAACCUUCCAAGCCUUGGACACCUUUGAAGCCAGAAGGGAUGACAUCCUGCUGGCAUCUUAUCCAAAGUGUGGUUCAAAUUGGAUUCUUCACAUCAUUAGUGAAUUAAUAUUUGCUGAUUCUAAAAAAAAGUAUGAAUAUCCAGAAUUCCCAAUUCUUGAAUGUGGAGACCCAGAAAAAUAUCAGAGAAUGAAACAGUUUCCAUCGCCAAGGAUUUUGGCAACUCAUCUCCAUUAUGACAAACUACCUGGGUCCAUCUUCAAGAAUAAAGUUAAGAUACUGGUAAUAUUUCGAAAUCCUAAAGAUACUGCAGUAUCUUUUUUCCAUUUCCACAAUGAUGUCCCUGAUAUUCCAAGCUAUGGCUCUUGGGAUGAAUUCUUCAGACAAUUCAUGAAAGGACAAGUUUCUUGGGGAAGCUAUUUUGACUUUGCAAUUAAUUGGAACAAACAUCUUGAUAAUGAAAAUGUUAAGUUCAUAUUAUAUGAGGACCUGAAAGAGAAUCUGGCCACUGGAAUAAGACAAAUUGCCGAGUUCUUUGGAUUCUCUCUCACUGGGGAGCAGAUUCAAACUAUCUCCGCUCAGAGUACCUUCCAGGCAAUGCGAGCAAAGGCCCAGCAAACACACGGGGCUGUUGGCCCGUUCCUGUUCCGCAAAGGUGAAGUUGGUGAUUGGAAAAAUCUGUUCAAUGCAACUCAGAACCAGGAAAUGGAUGAAAAAUUCCAAGAGUGCUUAGCAGGCACUGUCCUAGGAGCAAAGUUGAAGUAUGAAUUGUAUUGCCAAGCUUGAUUCUGGUCAGUUCAUCCAGCCUGGGUGUUUUAUUUUCUUUAAUAAUAACUGAAUUUAAAUAAUUACAUAAUAAAUUGAUCCAAUAAUCAAAUAAUUACAAAUAACAUGUAGAGAUAAACAACACAAAGUUAACA